AUGGACUUGAAUCCCUUUCGGAAGUUUGAAAUUGAAUCCGCCUUCUCGUGUCUUCUGUGUGCAGCUGCGCCUGUUCCUCCAAUUGUUCCCUCUGGAGUUGAUGUUGUUGCCAUUUCCAAGAAAAGUGAAGUCUCUCUCUGCCUGUCUGUAUCUCUGCCCCAUUUCUUUAUCUCUCUCUCUCUCUCUCCCAUUUCUUUCUCCCCCUCUAUUUUUCUAUGUCUCUGUAUCUCUCUCCUUUUUCUUUCUUUCACUCUCUUUCCCAUUUCGCUCUCUCACACAACAAAUACUUACUCUGUCCCCAAUUACUCUCUUUUACAUUUCCUUCACUCUCUUCCAUUUAUUUCUCUCUCUCUCAUUUCUUUUCCUCUCUCCCAUUUCUUUCUUCCUCUCCCAUUUUUCUCUCUCUCCCAUUUCUUUUUCUCUCUUCCAUUUCUUUCUUUCCCUCAUACAUUUCUUUCUUUCUCUCUCCCCAUUUCUUUCUCUCUCGCGCCCCCAUUUCCUUCUCUCUCUCUUUCUCACUCACUCCCAAUUCUCAAUUAUUCUCUCUCUUUCACUCUCCUCAUUUGUCUCUCUCGUUCCCCUCAUUUCAUUCUCUCUCACUCCCCUUAUUUCUCUCUCCUUCUCUCUCUUUCUUUCUUUUUCUCUCUCUCUCUCUUUCUCUUCUGUCACACAGUUACACAAUGA